GACCGACGGCCACUUGUCCUCAACCUUCACUCGUCUCGACAUGUCCAGCACUUGCUCAACGUCUUCCGACGAUGACCUUGAAGAGGUGAAGACCGGAGACACUUGUAUAGCGGGCUCGCACGAAGUGCAGCGGGCAGACAGCCCACUGAAACCCGACACGGAGACCGCGACGUCGACGCAGUCAACAGCGAGCAAGGCGAAUGUGCCAGAUAAAGAGAAGAACAAUAUCAUUCAGCAUCGCUCACGUAAUGAAGAGAAACGACCUCAGGAGGCCACCAUAGCUCAACCCAUCACACUCGCAGCGAUCAUGGACCUGCCACUCGAUAUCCUCCAUGAGAUAUUCAAGCACGUCCAUCCUGCGGUCCUUUUGAAUCUCAGUCGUGCAAAUAAGGCUCUCCGAUACACGCUUCUGCACCGCGGCGCUAAAAGUACCUGGGAGCACUCACUCAAGGCAGCGACCUAUCCCAUGAUACCUGCAUGCAUCGACAACGGAAUGAGUCUCCCGCAAUACGUCAACUUGAUCUAUGGAAAGAAUUGCUUUUCCUGCGGCUCAACAAAAGGCGUGUCGGACUUUUUCUCAUUCCUCGACAAGCGGUGCCGCGACUGCAUGAACAGCAAGUAUCGCACGCUAUUGGAUUGGGGAAUGUGUGGCCCGCCGGAUUUCAAGACCAAGUAUCCUGGCAGGACGUUGGAUUGGCAACGGGUUCUUAACGACUGGAUAGCUCUGGACAAACUUGUCGACGAGAAGGAGUUCGCAGAGAUAGAGGCCAACUUGACCAUGCUAUCAAAGGGACCUGUCGAGGACGUGAAGAAAUACAUAGACGAGGUGAAAGCAAGGACUCAACAGGCCAUGAAUUUCGAUGAGGCCAUCCACGAUGUCCUGGACUACGAGUGGUCUUAUAGACACAUGCUGCACAAGUAGGGCACGCACCCACGGUGUACAUGUAUAGCUGUGAACCCAUUGUGUAGAAGUCGUGAUUCAAAAGUUAGAUGCGGAUUUUCGUGCCGG